GAGCUGGUGACAAAGCUAACACAGCAGCACCUAUUUAAGGACUCUCCUCGGCAGGCCGGAGAUUGCUCCGACAAACCCUAGCAGGAAGAAGAAGAGGUCGCGUUGCGGUUCGUUGCUCAGAAGUUGAUUCAGCUAGAGCUUCUCUCCUCUACCUUGUUUAAGAAUGGUUGCUUCGGUGGCAUCGUCGGCCUUUUUUCCUGCUUCAUCUUCAGCAUCUCCGGUCUCAGCUAAAUCAACACAGCCCAUUGGUGAAGGCCCUCAAAGUUUGGGUGUCAGAGGCGCUGUAGCAAAAUCUACCUUAUCAUCUGGUGCCAUGGGGGUGAAGGCGCAAGUAUCUGCUAAGACAGGUCGUACAAACGUUGGUCUGAAAUCUGAGAUCCAUAAGGUUGAGGAAGACGCUCCAUCAUCUGCAAGGACAUUUUACAACCAAUUGCCGGACUGGAGUUUUCUAUUUGCUGCCAUAACAACUAUCUUCUUGGCUGCUGAGAAGCAGUUUACCCUGAUCGACUGGAAGCCUAGGCGCCCUGAUAUGCUUGCUGAUGCAUUUGGGCUUGGGAAGAUUAUGCAAGAUGGUUUAGUUUUCAGGCAGAACUUCAGUAUUAGGUCAUAUGAAAUUGGAGCGGAUAGAACUGCCUCUAUAGAGACUUUAAUGAACCAUCUGCAGGAAACUGCUCUCAACCAUGUAAAAAGUGUCGGGCUCAUGGGUGAUGGGUAUGGUUCAACGCCUGAAAUGAGUAAGAGAAAUUUGAUUUGGGUGGUAACCAAGAUGCAGGUUGCUGUUGAAAAAUAUCCUUCUUGGGAAGAUGUGGUUGAAGUAGAUACAUGGGUGGCUGCAUCUGGGAAAAAUGGGAUGCGCCGUGAUUGGCAUGUCCGUGAUUUUCGAACAGGCCAAACUGUUAUGCGGGCAACCAGUGUGUGGGUGAUGAUGAACAAGCAGACUAGAAGAUUGGCUAAAAUUCCAGAGGAAGUUAAAGCAGAAAUAGUUUCCUAUUUUAUGGACAGGGAUCCUAUUUUAGAUGAGGAUAGAAAUAAGUUUCCAAAGCUCGAAGCUAACUGUGCAGAUCAUGUUGAAAGAGGCUUGACUCCUAGGUGGGGUGAUUUGGAUGUCAAUCAGCACGUGAACAAUGUCAAGUAUAUUGGUUGGAUCCUUGAGAGUGCACCCAUCUCAAUCCUGGAGAGCCAUGAGCUCGCUAGCAUGACUCUGGAAUACAGGAGGGAGUGCGGGAGGGGCAGUGUGCUGCAAUCGCUCACUGCUAUCUCCAACAACAAUGCAGGUGACUUGGCUGAGCCUGGCAUUGAGUGCCAGCAUCUCUUGAGUUUGGAAACUGGCGCUGAGAUUAUGAAGGGUCGAACCAAGUGGAGGCUCAAGCGUGCCCAGGGUCUCCAAUCCUAUGGGCCAAUUCAAGCUGGGAUCGCAAAUUAAACGCAUCUGUCGGCCGGCCAUCGGUCUUCGAGUGCCUGCUCACCAGCAUGUAAUCUGUCAAGCCAACAAAGCCUCUUUGGUAUCUUUUGCUGCUGCUCAAUACUGUCAGUGUAAAAUGUCGCUUGUAUUAUUUUGUGAGCUGUGUAAUUAAAUAUCGCCACUUGGAACUGUGACAAUGCAAUGCGAGUGGUUGGUUGGCUUUCA